GUGGGUGGGAUAAAAUAAAUUGUUUUUAAUUAUAGUCGCUCAUGCGAAGUAAAUGUCAAACAAAUAUUAGCUGCACUAUUAUUGUUUGGAGCUUACCCACUAAUUUCCAUCUCAUUCUCAUUACCGUGAAGUAGGUUCUAUCAGCAACAUUUUGCCUGGCUAGGUCCCUUUUUCUGAAGGGAGACCAGUUAGAACUUAGAAGUGUGCAGUACAUCAGCCAAUCAGGAUGGCAGCAGUAGCUGAGGAGGCCCCUGCUGUUGGGGCACUUGACGCACCUGAGACUGACGAAGAGCAUGCUGCGGAAGACGGCAAGAAGACCAUCAUCUCGCUGGGCGAGCUGGUCGACCUGGCUCUCUGCACCCCAGAGCCGGGAGCAGUGAACUUCAACCUGCUGCGGGCUGUGCUGCAUGCCCUUGUCCAGCGGCUGGACCUGGUCGACAUCAAGGCUGAGAUCCUGGACGAGGACACUGACAAUGUGUUCUCUCAGAUUAUGGAGAAUGCGGAGAAGCUGGGACUGAAGGACAUGCGAGCGCGCCAGUCGGGCAGCGCCCGGGCCUCGGACGGCGAGAAGUCUCAGCGGAGAGGCGAGUCCAAGGAGCGGCGCCGCCACAAGUCGCGCCGCUCGGACCGCUCCCGCGGCGGAUCCUCGCGGCGCGGCUCCUCGGAGCGCGCUCCGUCCCACUCCGCGGCCGGCGACGAGCAGCGGCCGGCGGCCGGCGCCCCCGGCUCGGGCGCCGCGCCACCGGCCGCGCCCUCGGGCGGCGCGCGGCGCAGUCGGAGCGGCAGCGGCGCGGCCGGCGCCGGCAGCGGCGCCGAGCACUCGGACGAGUUCGAGGACGUGCGGGAGACGUUCUGCCCGCCGGACUCUGCCGGCCACCCGGACGUGGCCCGCUCGCGGUCGCUCUCCGGUCAGCGCGUGUUGGCUGAGGACGGCGAGGUGACGGCGGAGACGGCCGGCUCGGCGGGCUCUCGGCGCGCCUCCUCCAGCGGGCCGCGCCGCUCGGCCUCCGCGGAGGGACGCGCCGAGCCGGCCGAGGGAGAGGGAGAGCCGGCCGAGGGAGCCGGAGCGCCCUCCGAGUCACACCGGCUCAGCAGGGACCGACGGAGCUCCUCUGACUCACUCGGUCUGUCCAGCGGCCUGUCGAGCGCCUCGGACUCGGAGUCUCGCGCUCGCCAGGGCAGCCGCAAGGCCACGCUCUCAGAGCUGGCUUCGGAGCGUCUGCGCCGCUCCGGACGCCAGUCGGCCGUCUCCAUCAGCUCCAACAUAGAGGGCACGGCCGUGCUCUCAGACUACACCAACCUGGACCGGCUGGAGAAAAAGAUGGCCGACAUACAGCAGAAGAUGGAGACCCUGGAGCUGGCGGACAUGCUGCCCAAAGUGCGGGAGCUGCAGAAGGCCAUCACCGGUUCCCAGGAGGACGUGCAGGGCCUGUGGCAGUCGCUGCAGCUGAUGAAGAAGGUGGACGCCAAUGAGGAGGGUAUCGACAAGCUGACGCACGUUAUCGAGAACGCCAUGGCCAAGCUGAAGAAAGUCCGCAAACACACGGACCGGCUGGACAAACAGCUGGCGGAUAUGAUGGGCCACCACAAGUCGAGCUCGCAGUCCAAGUCGAAGACGGACAGCCACAAGCCGGUGACGAUGGCGGAGAUGGAGACCAAGUACAACGAGAUCAAGAGCGUCAUCGAGGGACUGAUGAGCUCCAUGGGACAGGACCCUAACGCGCCGCCGGGUGAGGACGGCGAGGACUCGUCGGACUCUCUGCGCCGGGUCGGCGCCGGCAUCGUCACCUGGAACGUGCUGGAGAGCGCGCUGGAAAACAUCCGCGGCGAGGUCAAGGAGAUCAGCGAGGUCAACGACCAGGCCCUCAGCUCGGUGGAGGAGCAGCAGACCGAGGAGCUGCGGGAGUCUGCCGCCGCCGACCACAGCACCCAGGUGUCCAAGGUGAAGCAGCUGCUGGCCAACCUCAGCCGCCUGGUGGACAAGCACCGCGCCCUCGAGAAGCGCGUCGUGCAGAUGGAGGAGUCGAUGGGCGACGGCUUCUCGGACAAGGUACUGGAGCAGCUGACACUGCUCAAGGCGUCCGCGUCCCAGAUCCAGGACCUGCGGAACAAACUCAGCUCCAGCACCCAGCCGGUCGGCGGCGGCGCCGGAAUGGGCAGCGGCGGCGGCGGAAUGGGCAGCGGCGGCGGCGGAAUGGCCGGCAGGGCGGGCGCGGCGGCCAGGGGCGGAAUGGGCCACGGCUGGAGUGAGCUGGACGUGGCCGACUCUGCCGGCUCCAUGGGCCACAUGGUGUCGGACGAUCUGUCUCUGAACCUGUCCACGCUGCGCGAGCCGUCUCAGAUGGACCUGAACCAUCUGUCCGACUGGCUCAACUACAAUAAGGCCCGCAUGGAGCAGCUCGAGAAGGCGCUCGUCUCGCAGUCGGAACAGGUGCGCGAUUUCGGCGACCGUCUGGGUGACCAGGUGGUCUCGUUCCGCGACAAACUGGAGCGAGUCGAGCGAGAGCUGGCCGGCAUGCUGGGACGAAUCACGUCCGCCGCGCAAAAGUCAGGCAUGUCCCGUGAGGACUCGCAGGCGCUGCACGACGCCUACGCCAAGAUCCAGACCCUUCAAAUGGACGUGGAAGCGCUCAGUAACGUCUCCAAGAAGAUCGUCUCCGACCGCGGCCAGAUCGACGACGAGCUGUCGAUGCUGAUCCGCGCCCUGGAGGAGCUCAAGGAGUGCAAGGUGGACCGGGCCACCCUGGACGAGCUCAUCGAGACAAAGGCCGACCGCUCGAGCGUCGAGAAGAAGGUGUCCAGCUGGCAGUUUGAGCAGGCGUGCCAGGAGCUCAGCGAGGGCCUGGGCACCAUGCUGGAGAAGAUGGGCUCACAGGAAGUGGACUGGUCGCGCGCCGUGGACGAGAUUAACGCCGAUCUGCACCGCAAGCUGGACAGAAUCGAGCUAGCGCCGCUGCGCCGGUACAUCAACACGCGACUGAAGAACAUCAUGACCAAGCUGAACCGGCUGAUUGCCGAGGACGAGAGCCCCGACGCGUGCACGACAAGGAGGAAACUGGUUCGGAACCUGAACUGUCUGUCCUGUGACGACCCGCGGAAGAUCACUGGCCUGACGUCGGCGCCUAAUGUACCGCUGCUGGAGGCCUUCCCACCGAGUGUAGGUGACCGGCACCAGGUCACCUACCGGCUGGGGAACAUCCGCCGACAGCAGCAGAUGCGCUGUGAGCCCUACAAGGACAUGACCGGUCACCAGGGGGUGUUCCGAAACCACAUCAAGAACGAGAUUGAGGCCAUGACCCACCGUGGGAUUCCGCACCACCCCAACUGUCCGCUCUACAUGAACAGGGCGCCGCACGGCCGGUGCACGUGCGUGGCCACGCGGUUCUGUGGCGGUUCACACACCAAAAUCAACUGCGUGGACACCCGCCAGCGGCGCAUCGGCCUGGGGGCUCCUCUGCUGCCGUUCGGGGCGGCCAUGGCCGGACAGCCGGCCUCGGGCAGGGGCAGCCAGGAGCGCGUGACCAGGACGGCGUCGAGCGGCACGCAGCGCGCUGGGGCAGCUGCCGGCGGCCCGCGCCGGCCCGGCUCCCGGACCGGCCUGCCACCGUCCUCGGCCGGCUCUGGGCCGCGCCAGGUACGCUCGACCGGCAGCGGACUGCGCCAGAAGCGCAGCGGGUCCGGACUGGGCACCAAGUCGGCGCCAGAGUUCCCCGUGCCGUUCGAGCCGCCCGCAGAGGGGAGGGCAGAGGGAGGGGAGGCUGCCCCGGCGCCGGUGGAGGCGGCGGAACCAGCGGCAGGUCCAGUGGAGAAGACGGAGGGAGCGGAGGUGAAGACCGAGACUGUUGAGGAGGUGAAACCGGAGCCGGUGGAGGAGCCGAAAACGGAGCCGGAGCCGGAGCCGGCGGCGGCGGAGGGAGCCGCGGAGCCCAAGCCGGAGCCUGAGGGGGCGGCGGCAGAGGAGCCGGCUCCGGCUCAGGACGCCCCGGAGGAGACUCCGGCUCCGGCGGCGGAGGGGGCGGCCGCCGCCGAGUCUCCGGCGCCGGCCGCCGAGGCUGAGGGAGAGCCCGCCGCGCCGCAGGAGACGCCAGCUCCAGAGGGCGAGACGGAGACAGGAGACGCCGCUCCUGCUGAGGAGACAGGAGGAGGUCAGGAGACAACAGGUCAGGAGGCGCCCUCAGCAGAGGGCGGGACUGAGCCGGCGGCAGAGACCGCCGAGGCGGCGCCAGCGGAGACUGCCGAGGCGGCGCCUGCGGAAACAGAGGCGGCGCCUGCGGAGCCUGAGGCGGCGCCCGCGGAGACUGAAACCAGUGCCGCAGCUGAACAGAAGCCAGAUGAAGCUCCGGCACCGACCGAAGGAGGCGACAGUUAGGUCGACUGAUUCUCGGCCGCUGGUCGCUGGAAAUGGUCCCUGUUCCGUCUUGUCCCCGAUCUGAAACGACUGAUUGCUGAUGUACUGCUAGCUAGUCUAGUCACGUUAAAACUGUGAUAAAACCCGACCACUACGAAACGAUCUCCCGAAACGAAACAAUGACAACGAAACUGGUGCAAUAAAUUGGUCAGUAUCA